AGAGGCACGUGGGGCCAAUUCCAGUUCUUUUUGGCAUUGUUUAACGUCGCUCUUUGGAACCCACUGUUACUGCCACCCUUGACCCUUGGUUCUACUGGAAAACCAAAGAGUGGAACUUCUGGGGAAAAAAAAUCAAAUACCCAUUUCGCCAAUUUACUCUAAUUUGUGCUAUUUUUGUGUCUUGUGUGGUAGCGGGCGCUGGGGUUUUGGCUGCUUGAGUGUCCGUUGCAAGAGCUCUUAAAAUAUGCAAUUUUGGGGGACUCUCUCUCGAGAAGAAUCAGGUUAGGUAAGGGCUUUUAGCCUUAUUGUUUUCGUGCAAUGUCAGGCUUCUCCUAUUAUUGCUGCUCAAUCAGUGACUUGGGUUCCCUGUGAUGGAGUAAAACAAAUAAGAUACUUGUAGCAUCUGACAACUGCCUCCUCCUACAAUCUUGUAGUGCUAAUUUUGCCCUCAAAUUCAAAUCUGGGAAAUAUAAGGAGGGAAAGUCAAUUUUGGGUUUAGUAAGUUGUGUAUUGGUUGAAGCAGAAAAGUGUUUUUAUCGAAAAUGGGUGGGGUUUGGGUUUGAUUUUUGAAUAUGAAGUAGCAUGGUUUUUGGGUGCUCUCGUAUGAUCUGUGAGAUGAUGGAGAGCAAAGGGCAUAGGUUGUUUAUGGAGCAUACCAAUCUGAAGGUGGCUUGGAUUCAGUACCAAAUCAAGCAAAAAGAUGGGUUUUUGACAUACCCACCUCCUCUUUCUCCUUCAUUUUCAUCUCCAUAUACUGAUACUUUCCAUGGGCAACCACCCACUUCAUCACCAUCACCAUCAUCUUCUGGUACUAAAAUAAGCCCUGCCGUUCUUUUUAUAAUAGUGAUUCUUGCUGUGCUAUUUUUCAUAUCGGGUCUUCUCCACCUGCUUGUUAGAUUCCUCGUAAAGCAACCAUCAUCAGCAGCAUCCUCUCAAUCCAAUAGACAUCUGGAAAAUUCUAGCUCCGAUGCCCUUCAAAGGCAGUUACAACAACUCUUCCAUCUUCAUGAUUCAGGUCUGGAUCAAGCUUUUAUAGAUGCUCUGCCUGUUUUUCAAUACAAAGAGAUAGUUGGUCCGAAAGAGCCAUGUGAUUGUGCUGUUUGUCUUUGUGAAUUCUCUGGGAAAGACAAACUGAGAUUGCUUCCUAUGUGUAGUCAUGCAUUCCAUGUCGGUUGCAUAGAUACCUGGUUACUUUCAAACUCAACAUGUCCACUUUGUAGAGGGACCCUCUUUGCACCUGGGUUUCCCAUUGACAACCCAAUCUUUGAUUUUGAUGAUUGGAGAAAAGAAGAUGGGUUUCCUGCUGAUGGAGAAAAUAGAUUAGCUUCGGGUCAGAAAAGAGUAGAAAUUGAAGAAAUAGUUGUUGAUAAGGGAGUCUUACCUGUGAGACUGGGAAAAUUCAGGAGACUAAAUGAUGAAGCUGUUGAGGCAGGAGGAGAGAGUAGUAGCAGUAAUUUGGAUGCGAGGAGAUGUUUCUCGAUGGGUUCGUAUCAAUACGUGCUUGGUGACUCAGACCUCAGAGUUACCUUAAGUCAUGAUCAGCGUGAACGCAAUGUCAAAUUCGAGACAGGAAUAGAACGAAAUGGAAAUCCUCCAGAGGGUGAUGUAGAAGGGAAGAAAAUUAUGAGUGUGGCUAAAGGUGAGAGCUUUUCAAUUUCCAAGAUCUGGCAAUGGUCUAAGAAGGGAAAAUUUUCAAGCUCUUCUGAGGUCCAGAUGGGUAUGCCUUCUUCUCUUACAGGGGACUUGCCAUGGAUGAAGAAAACAGAAGAAAGAUGAGAGGUAGUAGAGAAGUUUAUGUGCUAAAGGGAUAAGAUGAACCUUUGUACUGGCAGAAGAAGUGUGAGACGGUAGCAGUCGCGCGAUUUCAUUUUGCACCACUGCAACAAGUGCAGUAGAAGAAUGUUGAAACAGCAUUUGGAAACAUAUGCCUACCUUGUUUAAAAUACCUUCAAUGUUUCUAAUUGAUUUAAUCUUCUGACAUUCAGUUCCCUUGUACAUUCUUGAGAUCGGUUGGGUACCAAACGUUUAUGUAACCUUCAAUGAGGUUAAAAUAUAGUCAGCAGUAAAAUUCAAAAUCUUUUUCUUU